AUGUCUUGGAUAUUUGGUACGAAUAAAAAAACAUCAGAAGAAGUACAUGAAAAAGAAACUUCGAAAUUGGGUUUUGAUCCAGAGCAAGUUUCAAAUGUCUCUAAUAUCAUCUCUUCAGGAACUUCAUUCGAUGCAUCCAGAUUGCAUCCACUAGCAGGUUUGGAAAAAGGUGUCGAAUAUUUGGAUCUGGAAGAAGAACAAUUAUCAGCAAUAGAAGGUUCCCAAGGUUUGAUUCCAUCUCGUGGUUGGUCGGAUGACUUGUGUUACGGUACAGGUGCCGUGUACUUAUUAGGCCUUGGAACAGGUGGUGCUUAUGGUUUCAUUGAAGGUGUAAGAAAUAUUACGCCGGGUUCUCCAGGUAAAUUGAAAUUAAACACAAUCUUGAAUCAUAUUACAAAGAGAGGUCCGUUCAUGGGUAAUAGUGCAGGUGUUCUUGCGCUAACAUAUAAUAUUAUCAAUUCUACCAUUGACUCGGUAAGAGGAAAGCACGAUGCUUCGGGUGCAAUUGUAGCAGGUGCGGUCACAGGUGCAAUCUUCAAGUCCUCGAAAGGUUUUAAACCAAUGGCAUAUGCAAGUGGUUUGACUGCAGGUGCUGCUGCUUUAUGGUCCGGUGUUAAGGGUUCUGUUUUAGAAUAG